ACACCAAGACACUCUACAUCUUGGCUGCAAGAGAAAUAUCGUCUUUGAGGUCAUUCGACUUAUUAAGACGUUUUUAUUACUGUCUUGUCUGUUCCUUUUCUGGUGCAGUCUCAACGGAAGAAGUGUGGCCCCGGUCCUGCAAAGCCCAUCUGGGGGGAAUCCGUUCUUUCUUCUCCACAUCUUCGCUGCGUUCCGGCUCCCCCUACCACCUCCGUUACCCUGUAAACCCGCAGGCUCUGGACGUUCUGCACGCUGAAGAAAAUCACUGUUUUGCCUCCAGCGAGGAACAUAAAUGUUGCAACGCUGACUCCUCCUCUCCUGAAGAAAGAGUGAACAAGUGCACCGAGUUGGGCUCCUUCUCGCAGAGGCGCCGCGCUGGGGACUGGAGCGGAGGCUGAAACCCCCGCCGCCCGCGCUCGGGCUGGGCUCUCCCCUGCCCUGCCUGCCUCUCUCGCUCCUUCGCCCCGGCUUUCUGGAUCUCACCGGCUGUGCGUGAAACAGCUGUCCGCACAGCGGCUCUCCCCGUCCCCGAGCAGGAAGUGCUCGGGGACCGAUAUGGCAGACUUUGCUUCCCGGCAAAAAUUCACCUGACCAAGAAAAACAUUCAAACCAUAUUUCUGCUGGGUAAGAAUUCAUUCUGUUCUUUGCUAAAGAACUCUACUCCUACUCAUGAAGGCCAACACUGAGGAUGCUUUCCACACGAACCCUGAAGUGAACCUCUGAUACAUUUCCUGUAGCAAGAAAAGGGAGCCAACAUGAAGGAAAAUGUGGCAUCCACAACUGUUUUCAUUCUGCUACUUUUUCUCAACACCAGCCUUCUGAAUGGACAGUCAGCUCCUGGGAAACCUGAGAUCUCUAAAUGUCGUUCUCCCGAAAAGGAAACAUUCACCUGCUGGUGGAAACCGGGGACAGAUGGAGGACUUCCCACCAAUUACACGCUGAUUUACCACAAGGAAGGUGAGACACUGACCCAUGAAUGUCCAGACUACAAAACCAGCGGCCCCAACUCCUGCUACUUUAGCAAGAAGCACACCUCCAUAUGGAAAAUGUACAUCAUCAUGGUGAACGCCACCAACCAGAUGGGAAGCAGCUCCUCAGACCCACUUUAUGUGGACGUGACUUACAUAGUUGAACCAGACCCUCCUGUGAACCUGACUUUGGAAAUAAAACAGCCAGAAGACAGAAAACCGUAUCUGUGGAUGAAAUGGUUUCCACCCACCCUGGUUGAUGUAAGAUCUGGUUGGCUCACACUCCAGUAUGAAAUCAGAUUAAAACCCGAGAAAGCAGCUGAAUGGGAGACCCACUUUGCUGGGCACCAAACACAGUUUAAGAUUCUCAGUUUAUAUCCAGGACAGAAGUACCUUGUCCAGGUUCGCUGCAAGCCAGACCACGGAUACUGGAGUGCGUGGAGCCCAGAGAGCUCCAUCCAGAUACCUAGUGACCUCACCAUGAGAGAUACAACCAUGUGGAUCUUUGUGGCCAUUCUUUCUACUGUCAUCUGUUUGAUGAUUGUCUGGGCAGUGGCUUUGAAGGGCUAUAGCAUGGUGACCUGCAUCUUUCCACCGGUUCCUGGGCCAAAAAUAAAAGGAUUUGACACUCAUCUGCUGGAGAAGGGAAAGUCUGAAGAACUACUGAGUGCCUUGGGAUGCCAAGACUUUCCUGCCACUUCUGACUGUGAGGACUUGCUGGUGGAGUUUCUGGAAGUCGAUGACAGUGAGGACCAGCAGCUAAUGCCAGUCCACUCGAAAGAACACCCAGGUCAAGGCGUGAAACCCCCACAUCUGGAUCCUGACAAUGACUCUGGCCGCGGAAGCUGUGACAGCCCUUCCCUUUUGUCUGAAAAGUGCGAGGAACCCCGGGCCAAUCCCCCCACGUUCCAAGUUCCUGAGGUCAUUGAGAAGCCAGAGAAUCCUGAAGCAACUGUUACCCGUGCCUGGGACCCCCAGGGCAUCAAUGUGAAAGGCAGAAUCCCCUACUUUCACGCUGCUGGGUCCAAAUCUUCAACAUGGCCUUUACCGCCGGCCAGCCAGCACAACCCUAAGUCCUCUUACCACAGCAUCGCUGACGUGUGCAAGUUGGCCGUGGGCCCUGCAGGCGCACCAGCCACUUUGUUGGACAAAGCAGGGAAAGAUGCUUUAAAAUCCUCUAAAACCAUUAAGACUGGAGAGGGGGACAAGGCAGCCGAGCAGGGGGAGGUGGGAAGCUCCAAUUCCAAGACUGACCGAGACACGGCUUGGCUGCUGCCCCAGGAGAAGACCCCCUUUAUCGCCACUAAACCUUUGGAUUACGUGGAGAUUCACAAGGUCAACAAAGAUGGAGCACUGUCCUUGCUACCGAAAUGGAAAGAGAACAGCGACCAUGCAGAGAAGUCCGGGGCUCCGGAAACCAGCAGGGAGUAUGCGAAGGUGUCCAGAGUCACGGAUGACAACAUCCUGGUGUUGGUGCAAGAUCCACGAGCUGAAAACGAGGCUUUGUUUGAAGAAUCAGCCAAGGAGGUUCCGCCAUCACUUGCACAGAAUCAAGCUGAGAAAGACUUGGCUUUCUUCACGGCGACGCCGAGCACCUACAGGCUCCAGCUGGGAGGGUUGGAUUACCUGGAUCCUGCAUGCUGUAUGCACCCCUUUCACUGAUAGCUUAACUGAUGGAAUGAUUGGUUAAAAUGUGAUUUUUUUUUCUUCAGGUAACACUACAGAGUACCUAAAAUGAAAUCUCUAGAGAAUGCUGGAGAAUGUAGUCAGAUCGACACUACUCAAUCUCACAGUUUGCGCCUUUUCAUGCUCCAUUUUCAACCACUGGCCUCUUCCUCCAACAGCUGAUUCCAGAACAAAUCAUUCUGUUUCCUCACUGUGAUUCGUAGAUUUAUUGUUUUUUUGCUAUUAGUUAUAAUAUUAUGUGUUCAAUGAAAUCAAAGCACAUUGCUUAGUGUUCUUGAGGGACAGUGCCAACAUGUAUAUCCUGUGGAAAAGGCUUUCAUGGUUUGGGAUGUGACAGAUAGAAAUGAAAUUGUCAAAAUUGUUUGCCACAGGAAGAUGACAAAUAAGUGGAAGAUGCCACGAAAACUGAUUUUAAAAGCCAAUUGCUGAACCUUUACAUUCCUCUUUCAUUUUAUUAGGAUUACCCAAAUAGAACAUAUUUGAAAAAAGAACACAUUCCAGAAUACCUGACAAAUUGUUUACUUCAGCUCCUACACUUUGCAGACAUGUUGCCAUAUGCAAGUAAAAUGAUGCCUCCAAUUUUUUCUUAAAAUUGUUGAAUAAUUAAACACAGAUUUCUCCCCCUAAAUUUUAUUUUAUUCUAAAGCCACCAGAGAAUAUAGUUUUGGCAAUUAAAAUUUUCUUAUACAAGAGGCAAAUGAAUUUCAUGUGGUGAACCCUUUUAGGAUGUUUUCCUGCUUCAUUUCAGCAUAAUAGUAGAAAAAAAAAAUCCCAAAAGACUAACUUUAAUUUAAAAGAUAAUUACAGCAGAAUGCUAAUGGAGAUACUGCCUUACUGUACAUAUGAAUUCUACUUUAAUACAAACCCAUAAGCUUAACUUGUAUUUUUGAAGACUAUUUUUCUAUCACUUAGGUAAAAUAAAAGAAUAUUUUCUAUCUUCCCAGUACAGCUGUUUACAUAUUCAGUGGGUACAGUAUUUUCUGCUACAAAGUUUAAUGAGUAUUUACAGCACAUAGUAGGAUAUACAGUCCCUGUUUAUGGAGUAAAAUGCCAUAGCGACCCAAAGCCCACUGAGGAAUAUAAAGUGGAUGACAAAAUUCAGUUUCCAACACCAUGUAGUGUAGUUUAUCUGAUUCUUUUUGUCUCCAACAACAACUCCCACCACUACCAACCUAGGGUUUUAGGACUCUCUACAGACCAGAAAUUAUUUCUUCUAUGAUCUUUGGGCCACUCUAGGGCUUCUUUCCAUCUAUGAGUGAAUCUUCCUAAAGCUACCAUGAAAAAGGAAAGUGGCAAUUUCUAAUAUGCUGUUUCGGAGAGAGAGGUUUGGUUUGGUUUGGUUUUUCUGAGAAAUCUUGGCAAGAAAAAAAAAAGUAAGCCAAAUCAGGAGUUAGUAUCUCUCUGAAGUAGAUCCAUUUGCAAAAUCUUGGCAAAGAUGGCACUUACAUCAGAAGUGUCCAAAUAAAAGUUCUAGGAAACCAGUCAUUUGUAGAGCGAUGGGAACCACUCCAAAGGUCAGGGUCUGGUAGUAAGAAUUUCCAUGUCAGUUCCAAGGCCAGGCUCCUCAACAGGGGACAAAGCUUGGAUCUUCAUUUUAAAGGAGUCAUCCAUCUAUGUGUGCAAAUUGUCUCCCUCUGUUUUGCAUUUUGCCUGAUGGUAAAUCCAUUCUCUAUUGCCCAUUUACUAGCUAAACACAGAGAACUUGAGCAUACCUCUGUGAGUUAAAUCUUCCACCCCUAAAAGCCCAUAUUGAUAGGAGCUGGACUCAGAGGUUCCCCGAUGCUUGAGAGUGAAGACAUUGCCAGUGAUUUCAGAAUUGCAAAAGCGAUAGAUAUAAAGUUCUGUUUUCCCAAUAUACAAAAAACAUCCUGUGACUGAGAGAAGUGUGUGGAAAAGUUGUCUAAGCUCAUUCAGUCCCCUGGAUCCUUUAUCCCCAAAAUGUCUGGGGACCAACUGCAUCAGCAUCACCUGAGUGCUGUUUGGAAAUUCUGUUUGCAGAAGUUUAGGCCCCACUUCAGACCUACAGAAUCAGAAUCUUUAUUUUACUAAGACGUCCAGACUAUUCACAUGCACUUUGAAAUUUGAGAAGCACUUCCCUAGGUGUCCAUUUCUACUAAAGGUCAUUUUAGUGCACAGAAACAACCCUCUCUUGGAAAGUACAGAUCAAGACUGUUUGACUUGCAAUGAGCAACACUGUAUGUAAGGAUUAUAUUAGUGGUUUAAGAUCCAUUUAGUACUUAAUCUUAUGUGAAUUAACAUAAGAGGAUGACUUACAAAAGUACACAAAACUUCCAAGAGGGCUAGGGAAUACAGUCCACUUUGAGAGGCGUUGACCAAAGACAAUGAUCUUCAAAGCCAAUACAGGCUAAACUUUGCCAAACAAUAGUUCAUUCUUCUCUUCUUCUCUAAGAUAUAUAUCAAUCAUUCCUGUAGCUUGAAAACUUAAAAAUAAUCUGCUUUUGACAUAUAAUUUUCAUAUGUGGAAAAGUGUUUUGGCUAAAGACUCAAACUAAAUCUCUGAGAAACUAAAUCUCUAAUUAGCAUCUCUAAGUCAAGAUUUUAAUUCUAUGGUCAAUUAGCAUUAUCUGAAUUAAGGUUUUUUAUGGCCUAACAUAUUUUCUAUCAAGGAGACAGCUGUUCAAAUGGAAGGGUACAUACUGGGUUCUAGUCCUAACUGUUCUGCCUUAGAGAGACCAAUUCCCUUCUCUGAGCUCCAGUUUCCUCUGAAGAUGUUGGACCAAAUAAUCUCUAAGGUCCUUUUGAACUCUCUGACUCCUUGAUUUCAUCACUUACUAAAUAUUUUCCUUCAAAGAUAAUUAAAACUAAUGCCUCAUAUCUUAAUUAAACUGACAAAAAAUUGCUCUUAUCGUGGAAUUACAAAGUAAUUUUCAGUGAUGUGCUCAUUACACUUCACUUUUUAAAUCAUACAUUCCAGUUGAUCUUAAUAUGUCGCACAUGCAUUUUAUAAGUGAUGUAGGUACAGAAUCAUAUUCUAAGAUUAUAUGCAAAUAUAUGUGUAGAAAGAAGAAGCAUGAGAUAGAAAAGAAACAUUGAAUAAGGCACUAAUCUUUAGAAAUAUGAUCUUGUACUGAAUUAAGCCAUACUCAUUUCUUGCUGAGUCCAACAGCCUCAAAUCUCUAUCUGGCUAUUAAUAUUUUCCUCUCAUGAUAAAUUAUGAACGAUUAUUGCACAGUAUGCUCUAAGUUAUAAAAAGUUGUAUUUUUAUAAACAAAUACCUAACGAGUCCAGUUGGAAAGCACAUGGAAACUGGAUCUAGUCAAUGAGUGACUUAUGGAAACUUAUGAGCCAAGCAGCAAAAUGUUCUCUGGUCAGUUUUAACAAAUGUACACAAGACCCCCUAAUAUGAGUACAAGUUAGUACCAACUGUGUCAGAUAUUUAAGAUUCUGCAUUGCUCUAAUGAUAUUUAUAUAAUAAUAUUUCACAGACUCUGCAUUUUCCUAAGUGCCUAAGACCAAUCCUGUUAGUCAAGCAUAUACUGAAGUCUCCCUUUAACUGGUUUGGUAUGAGAUCCAGGCAGUUUGACUCCUUGUCCUGUGUUGACCCAACCGAUUUGGAGAAUCCUGUGAGUUAAUGAUCAACCAGAGGCACCCUAGUUCCCGGACACAGUGUGGAGGAAGUCUGGCUGCCCAUCAUUUGCAGAAAGACUAGGCUCUGCCUUUAGCAACUUCCCUAUCUCCUUAGAGUAGACAAGAAAGAAACAGAUUUGUACACAUUUUACAAAGUGCCUUCCUUCAGUUUUAUUUUUAAAAAGUGUUCCUUUUGCAAGAAAAGUAUACUGAUUAGAAAGUAAACUUUACCUUAUAAGGAUUUUUUAAUGUAACUGAAUGGGGAGAUGGAAAGAGAAAAAGCCAGACAGGGAACAAAAAAAAAUGGUCUAAAAACCAACCAGCCAAUGUUCAGCAAAUUUUUAUGUAUUAUUUAAUUGAAUUACCACAGAGCUGAUGUGAAUAGUGUAACUUACUUUGCCUGAUUAAAAAAAUGGAGUCUGGCUAUGAUUUGGGGAUAAGCCUGCCACACUGUGAUUUGAAACUCUCAAUUGUAAAACAUAUCGAUGCACUUCUAAAUGUCAUUGAACUGCAUGCCUAGGCCUGAAAGGAAAAUGCACACACAUUGGAACUUUGUACACAGACAGAAAAAUAUUAAUGAUUUUGAAUCACCAUCCCCACUGUUGCAAACACAGCUUUGCUGUUGAUGAAAACUUCAUGUGUACUUCAGUGAACAAAAUUCCUUUUCUGCCUUUUUGGCUCAAGCACAAUAGUGUUGUCGCUAGGAGAGUGACAGAGCACUCAAUGUCCAGGACUAAGUCACAUCACUGCCACUAAAUAGGCUCUCUGACCUUCGGUAGGUCCUUUAAACUCUGGUCACCAGUUUUCUCACUUGUUAAAUAAGUGGGUUGGCGUAAAAGGUUUCUUAAACCUCUUGCAACUCUGGUUUUGAUUCUCACAAUCUGAGGAAAAUCCAGGAUUUCAGGUCAAAUGCCCAGGUAUAGUGCAAGAAAGUAUUGCUGACAAGCCUUUGGACUGAGCAGUGAACAUGGGACAGUGCGUCACAAUGCAGAAAAUAGAAAAAUAGAGAUCCACUCCUUCGAAUCAGAUUGAUUUAACACCCUUGCUUCUCUUCUUUCUCCCUAGCUUUACAUACUUGUAGUCUUUUUAUUCCCUCCCUUCAGGGUAUAUUAUUUUUCCUAAGACUUAGUAGCAACCAUAGGAUCUGCAAAAAAUGAAAUUAUUUAUGAACAAUGAAUUUGGCCCUGCAAAGGACUAUGCCAAAGGUUAAAUCAACCACGCAGAUACCCAAGACCAAGUUGAAGGUCACACGUACACCCCAUUUAGAGAUUUGCAUGCUUAGAAAUUUGAGACCAUGUUCAUUAAUUAUUUAGUUAAUUCAAAGGCCAUUAAUAAAUCCAAACUAUGUUGAUGUCUAGAUACUGGAGGUCUUAAGGAGAAAUUUAAAAACACAGAAUUAUUGCUUCAGAUCUAACCAGAAAUUCUAUUUAUAAUUAUGACCUGGACUUAUGAUUAGCAAAUUAUCAUCUGAAAAUCAAACAGGAGUUCUCUCCCUAGACUUUUGAUUUUCAGAAAGAUGAGUUUUGGUCUGUGACCCUCAUCAUAUCUAUUUCAUCGAAAGGAGAAAGAUAGAAAAAUUGAAAAUCAAAUGUUUCCAGAAGUUUGGGCAUCUCAGGAUUUUACAAAAUGCCAAGUGGCCCACUAAACAUAAUUCUAUUGGACAUAGUGAAUCUACAAUCUAUUUAGUGUUCUGAGUUUAUGGCUAAGAGAUGUACAUAAUUUGCAUUCUCAUAUACCAGCGGCCGUGCUGUCUAUAUCAAUUCCUUUGAUUUUUGCUCCAUUUCAAUUUAGAAAGCACUAAAACAUGUAAAGUAGAAACACUUGUCCCAUUUAUAUGGUUGUGAUCAAUGAAUAGAAGAACUCAGAUAAUCUUAAUCUAUUAAUUAACAUUUUACCUGCUGCUGAUUAAAAAAAAAAAACAACUCGAAAAACCUUAGCAACUGAAGUAGUAAUAUCAAAAAUAACCUUUAAUAGUUAUUAUGGUCAAAUUAUGCUUCACCUGAAUAAACUUCAAAAUACAGUCUGAACUAUUCUGUGCACAUUUUGCAAAUCCUGGGGGGAAAUUAUUUUUAUUGUGUUAUCUAAAAUUGAAAAAUGAUAUGGCAAAGAUACCUCUGAAAAAUAAUUUAUUUUAUAAAAUUCGUAAAAAAACAGAUUUUGAAUUUUUAAAAGUAACUACCUCCCCUUCAUAUCCUAACAUUCUUCCUUCAAAGCUGCUUGUAGUUUAGAAAGAAAAGAUGUCACGUCUCAUGCUUUGACUAUUUUUCGGUGGCAUAUUUGAUGUAUUUGCCAUGUGACAUUUCUGAAUUUCAAGUAACCAUAACUGUUAUAUUGUUUUGUAUUAUAUCACUUUAUGUGGUUCAAAAAUAGUAUAUGCCACGUUGAAAUAUAUAAUCGUCAUGUUGUGAAACUCGUCAUGUAAUACAAAUGAAAAUCAAUAUUUAAUGACUUACAAUCUAUCCAUAUGUAGUUUCAAUAUGAUUGUGUCUGUGUCUGUGAAGAAAACUGAAAACAUAUGUAAUCACAUAUUUCUGUUGAAAUUGUGAAUAUACUAAUUUUUUUCUUAUUCUUUGUGUAGAAGUAGGAUCAUAUGCCAUUCAUUGUACAGCUGCUCUAGAGUAUUAACUGUUUAAAGUACAAUCUAAAAAUUGUUUAAAAGUCAACCCCUUGGCUUUGCUUCAUGUGACUGCUGAUAGCUUCUUGAGUGUUACUUGCAUCAUGAGGCUUGCUUUUGUGCUUUCAUGUUCAACAAUAGAAGUGUCUCAUGUGGAAACCAAAGCAAUCUAGAACCAGCCUGUUGGGUGAUUGUGUCUCCUGUAAAGCCAUAUUGAAGUGUAGCUAUAUAAUAGCAUAAAGGUCCAUAUUUUCAAAGCUAUCACUACCUCUGCCUUUCCUCUUUUCCUAGAAAAUGCCAAGCAAAAUUCUUUGAGAUUAAGUGAGAAAUUAGAAGUGAUUGUUACGAUAAGUUGCUGGGGUUGUUUUUUGUUGUGUUGUUUUGUUUUGAAAAGAAAAUACACUUUCUAAUUCGCUACUUUGCAGGUUUAUGCUAUGGAGUCUGAAUAACCAUACUUACAUUUUUACAUUUUAUAAAAACUGGCUGACAAGUUCAGAAAGAAUACGUAUUAAAUUAUCAGAUGAAAAACAUUACAAGACCAUAGAGUUGCAGAUUUUUUCUAACUAUAAGUCUCCUCAAGGUAGUUGUCCAAAGCCAUGAUAUUGCCUACAAAUUGAUUUCCUCAACCCCCCUAGAAACAAAUCUUUUCCUUAUUUGAUUUUAGCCAUCAGAUAUAAUAUGGCAUGGGAAAAGUCAUCCAUUUAUUAGAAAUAAUCUUGUUUUUAUUUUAAAAAUUCAUUUCUGCAUAUAGCUAUCAUAAUGUCUAUUUUUUUUCUUUUUAGCCCUAAAGAAUUAUAGAAGACUAUAGUCAUCUGAUUUGUUAUCUUGCAUAUUUCAUUCUGCAAAUCUUUGGUUAUUGCACUUUGUGCUUUCUGUUUUGUAUGAAUUUAUUAAUUUGUCUCCUUUUAUCAUGAGAGGACAACACAGAUAGUUAAAGCUUUGUCAAUACAAGGGGACAUUAUGCCAAUUGCCAUUAUCAUAACAUCUUCAUUUUUACUGCAUGCCAAAAACAAUGCUUGCCAAACAAAAUCUUAGACAUCCCAGUAUAAUAUGGUCGUUAUAUCUCUAUUCAUAUCAUUAUUGAAAAUACCCAGCUCAGUGCCUGGCACAGUAAAUGUGUAUUUCCCUUGCCUGCCCCUCCUCUAUUUUUUUUUUUUUCAUUUAAAAUGGAGAUGAGCAAAAUAACAUGUGUGCGGCUAAAACAAUUUCCUUGAAUGUUUUUUGCCGCUAAAAGAUCUGUAAUCCAGGAUAUUAUUUAUACAAGUUGAACCAAAACAAUUUUUCCCCUUUCUCUUCGUCCUUCCAUACGAUUGCAAGACAAACUUUCCCUCCCUUACCUCAGCGCAUUCACAUGAGAGGCUGCACUAUAGAAGGCAAGAUGGAACCAGGUGCGUAGAGAGCUAAUAAGAGAAGCUCAUUUAAAUAUCGUGAAAUAAAGGAAGCGCCAAACCAUUUUUUAAAAACACGGAUUCCCUUUGAAUGCUGCUAUUCAUCCAUAUUAUUAAGGUCUUUGCUGACAAAAUUUAUCAGAUGAAGUGUAAAUGGAUAACCUUUUACGUUUAAUGGAUGUAGACCUAGAAAUCUUCACUACUGUUACAGAAUUGUUACAAAAUUGUGAAAUGGUUUGUUUGAAAAAUUCUUCUCUGCCUCCUCUUAAUUCUUUAAUGCCAUGUCUUACAAAAGAUUGAGAAAUUUCUUUCUUAUGAGAGUGUCAUGCUCUAAAACUUGGUUUCAGUCAAAAAAAAAAAAAAUACUGACUCUCCCCUGUGUACAUUAGAGCCAUCUGUCUUUAAUUCUUGGGCCCACUUUUGUUUUUAAGCUACAAAAUUUGAAGUAUCUGUCACCAGACACAGGAUUCAUACAAUUCAUGAUGAGCUGAAGAAGUACUAUGGAGCUAAUUUUCCAAAAGUAUUGCAUGUGCUUUCCUGAAAGAAAACAGAAAUUGUAUAUUGCCACAUCUUGCCAGAACCCCAUCUGAAACCUUAACCCUGUCACACUUCCUGCAACUUACUAAUCAAGUAUGGGUUUUAAAUCUCACCAAGUUUCUAGGGGCUGGGAUAUCCCCAACUUCUAUUUAAGGGAAACCUUGAAGUCUUGGGGUGAGGAGGCAGGGAUGGGACUGGGGGAAUUUAAGAUAUAGGGUUAUUGAAGAGAUCCCAGCAGGGACCUUCCUGGCCAGAAUAUGGGAAGAGCAAAUCCUACUGGCUUUACCUUUGAGAGUCCCUUCAAAUCAUGCAGGUGAAACUGGAUCUGUUUUUCACAUUGUCAAAUGUAUUCUACUUUGGAGGUCCCAAUGUCCAAACUGGAAUUCUUUCAUCUACAACGUCCUCCACCCUCCCAACACCACCCCUCAACUCCUGCUGCUCAAGCUAACAAGCAUUUUUCUCGUGUUAUGAUCCGAUUCACAUUAAAAUGUACGCUUACAAACUGACUUGAAGCACAGGUAUUUUUAUGAAUGCAAUAAAGUGUUUUCUAAGGAAAUGCAAGAGGAUGUCAGUCAAAUAAAACACCUUGUGGAUGUUGGUUGGUGAACACUGGUAUGAGAAAAAGGAGCUCAGGAAUUUUUAUUACUGUAUUUAUAAAUGUGUUUGAAAGAAUUUGUAAAUGCCACAGGUACAUUUUUAAGGUGAUAUGUUUGGUCCUUAUAAAAUUAUUAAAAAUUACAAGGUGAGCUUAAAUGACAUUUGCCAGUUUUACUUUACAUGAUCAAUAUUGAUACUGUUGCUGAACUAUGUAACUUUAUGAUGCAUUUUUCAAUCCUUUUUCAGAGCAAAUGCUUUUGCAAUGGUAGCAAUGUUUAAAUUGACUUAAUAAAUUAUUUCCUGAGCAAUG